AUGGCGUCUAAAGAGCCUACGGAGGUUCAGCAGACCCCCCAAGAAAAGAUUACGUCCACCCUCCAAAACUGGGGCAGCCUAGCAACCCUCGUCGUCGCCCUCCACGGGCGUCCCCUCCAACCCCUACCUCUUCUCUUCGCUCCCGUCCUUCUCUUCUCUAGUUACGUCAACCUCGCCGGCUUCCCCACCGAUAGUGCGGGUAUUACGGCAGCCUGGAGCGGUCUCUACGUCCUUCUAGCGCUACGCAGGCGCCAGUCACUGCGUAACAAGUUCUCCCUGAGAGGGGUGGUACGCGGGUGUGCCAUUGGCUUGGGGACUAUGAACUUUGCGUCGGGGGCGUGGGUGUAUGCGCAUGGGGAUAGGAAGGCGGAUAAGGAGGAGAGGAUACGGAGGAAUAGGUGGGGUGAGAACUAA